AUGUCAUACAUCUACAGAGAGCGUGAACGAGACCGCGAUUGGGACGAACCUCGUUCCUCGCCCGUUACCAUCAAGCGUUACGUCAUACCCUCCGAGGACGAUCGACGCGAGAGGGACUCGAUAUAUCGUCGCGAAGACCCCAUUGCCGGUGACCGAGAAUUAGUGGUUCGGCGGCCUGCUGAGCGAGAAAGCCCCGUCAUGGUGCAACGCUACGAGCGUGACGUCGACUACGACUCACGUGGUGGUUAUGACUAUCGUUCGGAGAGAGACUACUAUGAGCCUCGAGCCCCCGUCUAUGCACCGCCCCGUGAGUCCGAUUAUGAGAUUGUCCACCGUUCCGAAGUGGAACGCGAUCCCGGUUACUACUAUCAUCGCCGUGUUCGUGAGCAUGAUGAUGACCGUCGCUUCCGCCGGGAGCUAAGUCCCAGCGACUCGGUCUCUCAAGCAACCCGUCGACGAGAUGAUCAGGACUACAGCAGCGAUGACAGCAUGGUCUACCUCCGAAAAGAGACCCGUGAAGUCGACGAUCACCCGCACCAUCGACGUCAUUUGGCCGAGGGUGCGCUGGUCGGGGUUGGUGCCGCAGAGUUGUUCCGGAGCCGUCGCAAGAAGGGAGGAGAGGAGGUGUCCGGUGGCAUGGGUCGUGUCGGUCGUGAUGUUGGCGCCGGUGCACUGGGCGCCGUUGCCGUGAAUGCGGCCUCUCGCGCCAGAGACUACUACCGCAGCAAGAGCCGACAUCGUGCUCACUCGUUCGACGACGACCGCAGCUCUCGCUCCCACCAUCGCCAUCAUCAUCAUAGUUACAGCCACUCCCGCCGCAGUCGCAGCCGUUCCCACUCGCGCUCCCGCGCCCGAACAUUCACAGAGUUGGGUCUUGGGGCGGCCGCUAUUGCCGGCGCGGUGGCCUUGGCCAAGCAGUAUUCCAAUAAGGAAAAGGAGAAGGACGGAAGACGCAGCAGAUCGCGACACCGCCGUUCAGAUUCCGUGCGGUCCAGGGGAGCGCCCGACGCUGAGAAUCGUAGCGAGUCGCAGCGGAGAAAACAUAUGGCAGGCGCCGGAUUGGCCGGUGCAGCGGUAGCUGGACUGGUGGAAAGGGCACGCAGCCAUUCGCGCUCUGGCCGCCACGCGCGGUCUCAGUCUCAUAGCAGAUUGAGGAAAGCUCUUCCGGUUGUGGCAGCUGGCUUGGGAACGGCAGCUGCCACGGGGCUGUACGAGGCGCAAAGGGAAAAAAAGAAGGAAGAAGAAGAAGAAGAAGAAGGAAAAGGCGAAUCGAGGCAUCGAGAACGCCGACGUUCUAGAUCAAGAUCCCGCAGCAGGGCGCCCUCCGACUUCUACCCCGACCCUGCUAAGGACUCAGCUGGCCUGAUCGAGUAUGGCGAAGACCCGGUGCACGGAAGCAUUCCCGCGGCCCACUAUUAUGGCCGUCCCAUGAGCUCGCAAGGAUACUACUCCGACGCAUCUGACCAGGUAGCUAGCGGAGCAGCAGGCUUCGGCUCAAGACACCGUGGAAGAGACCGUAGUCGCAGUCGCAGCCGCAGUCGCAGCCGCGGACGAUUCAGCAGCUCUGAUUCUGACUCACAUGGGAGAAGAAAGAAGGAGCGUGGCGGGCUCCGCAGUCGCUCUCGUGAUCUCGCCGAAGCCGCCUUAGCGGCCACCGGAGUCGGCUAUGCCGCUCACAAGUAUUCUUCGCACCGCAAGGAUCGUAAGGACAAGGAGAGGAGCAGGGAGAGAAGCAGAGAGAGACCGAGAUUCGAUGAAAGAGACUCAUAUGAUGACCCUUAUCGUCAUGAGCCCUACUCACCUUCGCCUUCGGCAGCUCCUCCACCAAUCGACAAUCAAUAUUAUCCCAACAGCAACUACUUCCCGCCACCUCCAGGCUCUGCUCCCCGCCAGGCUGAGACUGCGGCACCAUACAGCCCGGCUGACUAUCCACCACCCCCCGGAGCGGUGCCGCCUGCGCAGGCAUACGGUUAUGUUCCCCCGGCACCCGAGCCCUACGCCCCGCGACCCCGAAGAGCAGAUGAGAAUGUGAGUGCCGUACGGAAUUAUUCCCCUCCUAAAGCCCGAUCACACGCAUACGAUGGUCUAAACCCACGUUCCCCAAUGAGCACCCCGCGCGCCAGCAAGAGACGGAGAUCGCGAGCACGCAGUCAGCCACCCCAGCCUAAGUCCGUUGCGUUCGACCUGCAUUCCUCGACUGGCCGGCCCGUAGACCCGGGCUACGAAUCUGACGAUAGCGACUCGACUAUCGAUUCUCUCAGCGGGAGAAGCCAUUCUCAUCGUCGCCGUUCUCAACGUCGCCAUUCCUCAUCUGCACCUCAUUCUUCACGACCAAGACCUAGCGAUUACCGUGGUUCAGGGCAUGCACAUGGAUGUAGACCCGCAGACGAACGUACCCAUGGUCAUAGCCAUAGUUAUAGCGAUAACCACAGCCACAAACACCAUCAUACCCCCCUAGAAGACGAGAAAAAGACCCAUAGCCCCGGAAUCGACUCUGACGCGACCAUCGACCUUCCCGAUCGCUUCGAUUCUCACGGCCGACUCCUCCCUCAACGCGGAGAUGAUCCGUUAGCGGAUCACUUCGAGGAUCUACUGAAUCGAUUCGGCAAUAAGGUUUAUGCUUGA